AUGACCGCCAGGACGCGCGAGGACGAACGCGCGCGACUGCUGGACGACGUCGACGUCGAGGGCGACGGCGCGCGCGGCGUCGACGUCGAGCGAGAACACGGCGCGACGCCGGUGACGACGAGACGCAUCGUCAUCGCCUCGCUCGGUCUCGCGGCGUGCGCGCUCGCGGCGAUCGCGAGCGGAUCCAUCGCGGGCGUCGAUCGAUCGUCCGUGCUCGCGCGAACGAGCCUCGGUGAGUACGAGUUCAAACGGAACGGACCGGAGGGACAUAAGUUUUCGUGCGAGCCCGCCGUCGCGAAUGAGUUCCCGAACGCGCUUCAGGGCGACGACGGGAUGAACGUGUGGCGAGGAAGCGAGCAUAAGAUCACGCCCGGUGAUUGCUCUUGGUUUAAGACGUUGAAAUCGGAAGCGAGGAAACGGGCGAAGAAGUCUUCGUCGUGCGUGCCGGAUAACACCCUCGCCGUGGCGUUUGUGGACGAUCGCAACUACGAGCUCGCCAAGAUUUCAACGAUGAACGUAAACGGCACGAAAUGUUUCAUGGAUAGAUAUUUGUUGAUCACGGCCGACACAGAGACGCAGAAGAAGUGCGAGGAAGAGAACCGAUUUAGUUGUAUCAUGUACCGGGACGGGCACGUGUUCGAUCGGCUGCCAAAGCACGACCGUUACGUUGUGCUGACAUGGAUGAAGCAGAAAAUGACGUUGGGCUUGCUCUCGGCUGGCGUUGACUUUUUCUUCCACGAUACGGAUGUGAUCUUUUUCAAGGUACCGGAUUUCUCAGCGAUUCUUCGAUCAAAUCAGGAAGCAACCGUUUUCUAUCAAAUGGAUAGAUACAAAUACGUCGACGCCUACAACGGAAAACCAUCACAGGAAAACCAUCACGGAAAACCAUCACCGUCUCCUGAGGAUGUAUCUAACUUAAAUUCAGGGCAGAUGUUCUGGCGCGCUACGCCGGCGACGCUCAAAGCACAAGCUCUCAGUCUCAACAUGGGCCCGGGGGGCAUGGAGCAAGGCGUGCUGCACGGCGCCCUCCGAAAGAUGGCGCGCAACGGUGAAAUUACCGCGCAGGCUUUGGACGCAAAGAAAUUUGGCACCGGCUGCGCCAAUCCUGAUCCGUUCGAUUUUGCGCAGCCGGUGGUGGUGAAGCACCUUCCCGAGUUCGUCACGCUUCACGCCACUUGCGGCUUGGGCAAAGGUGGCGGCAUGCUCCUGAUGAACGCUCGCCUGAAGUGCUACCUCAAGUAUCACGACGCGAAAGCGUGCGUACAGGUCAAGAGCCCGAAAGACUGGGAAAAGCUUCAAAAAGAACGCGGUGCGCCUCUCGGUCUGAGCGAGGAAGUGCGCGAGUACGAAGCCACGGCGCUCACCAUGUUGAGCCUCUUGGCUCGCCACGCGUGCGCCUCCGCCGCCGAGUCUCGCGAACAACUCGAAAUGUGCGCCAACAAGGUCGUGCUCCGCGCGGUGUGA